CGCCUUUUGUCUCGCUACAAUGGCCCUUUUGACGGGUAGCCCCUACGGAGUAGUCCACGGGUUCCGCUCCUGCAGACACCACCGAAUUACACGCAGGUACAUUGAUCUAGAUAUUGUUGCAUCAGACAGGCUGGAAUUGGUUAUUGUUGCAGAAGGUGUGAGUAGGGUCUGGAAUUGGUCAGUGGCGCCGAUUGUGAAAUCAAAGGUAAACUUUCAUGAUUGACAAGUGGAAUAAAUAGAAGAUGGAAUUCUGCCAAACGUAAACUUUUUGAUUAAAGAUAAGUUGUUAAAAUUAGAGGCAUGGAAUUUUAACUUUUUAAUGGGGACAAGAGGUAAAAGCUAG